AUGGACUAUGUCACCCGAGGGGUUUGUGGCCAAGAGUCAUGCCGUGAGCGAAAGUACUAUGUCGAUAAUGGUCUCUGGUUCUGCCGUCGCGGCCAUUUGCAAGAGGGCCGGCAAAUUGAAGAAGAUGCGGAUGAUUUCGGAAACCUGGGUAAAAUCAAUCGGGUGAGGAGGGAGAAGGAGGAGAAAUCACGAAGGACUGCUCGGGGUCGGAAGGCACAAACCCUUUUCUUGCAGGCUUAUCAGUUGAUCCUAUGGAAACAAUGUCAUGCUCUGAUUCAUGACCAUGGAUUCCCAGAAGAGCUCGAGGGUGUUGUUCGUGACCUCUGGGCUUUAAGACUCCAAGACUACACAUUGAGGAUCAACGAAUCCGCAGAUGACGAGGAGCUUGAUAGUGAGCCUGAGCUUUUCAGCUCCCAGCCCUCGCAGAAGGAAGAUGAUCAACCGAACUUCACCAUCAGGCCAAAAUACCAUACAUGGCCUCGUAUGCCUGAAACCGUGGCUAUGUGUUAUCUAGCCGCAGUUUUAAUGCGGCUUCCAAUUUGUGUCUAUGACCUUCACAAAUUGAUCAUGCGCCAGGAUAUCCCUUAUCUCCGAGCAUUGAAGGCUGUGCCUCGGGAGAUCAAAAAUCAGCUUCCUCCGGAGUUUCAGGCAAUCCUCACUGUCAGGAAAAUGCCAAAAGUGGAAGUUCUACAUCGGGCGCUCAGAGAUAUGGCGCUCCUUUACCAACGCCGGUUUGGAAUUGUGCUACCUCCAAUGAAUUCACCUAUCAUCUUAUACCGGCACAUCAAAAGACUGGCAGUCCCAAUUGAUGUAUACGAGAUCAUCAAAACUCUACAAAAACUUCUGGGCUUCACUUUCGAGUAUCCAGAUUCUCUCAAUGACGACAAGCGUAUAGAAUCUAUCCAGCUGCCUGAGAUCCAGAUGGUAGUUCUCAUUGUCAUAGCCACCAAAUUAUUCUUCCCGUUUGAUAAUAUACCAAGACACCCAGCUACAGCCUUGGAACCCGCCGCCCAGGGCAUCGACUGGCAAGAAUGGAUGCGGGCUCAGCAACAAUUUGAAUCUCAGAAACACACAGAGGGGAAUAUUGGAAAAGAAAAAGCCGUUCAAGUACGCGACUCUGAUAUAUUGGGAAUGGAACCCCAUCAGUUAGAUCAGUACAUGGACUGGUAUGAGAAGAACUGGUUGGAUACUUCGAGGGACCCAAAUCCGCUCUCCGAUUUAUUUCCCCUUGAGGAAACAGAAACACAGGACCCCGGUCCAGAACCACCUUCUCAUGAUGAUGGGGAGGAAGCACUUAAUGCUAUGGUACGGAGAAUCACGGAAAGUGUACUCGCAGUGCCCAUUGUCCCAGACCAUGAGGGAACGAUAGCUGCCAGGCCAGGCAUCUGGUAUCGUCGAUACCGAUGGGAAUCAACACUUCCUGAGGCAGCACGCUUAUUUCACGAGAUAGCAGCUAAAUUGGCCGGCGUCUCGUUGCAUACACUGGUCCGGGCUGUGACAGCUGCCGAGUGGCGGAUUGCGAAUUGGCAAGACCAUCAACGUCGCUCGGAGUUUAUGGGGUAUGGAUCGCAAUCUGAUAGUGAAGAUGGAUUGGGUAGUGAAGAUGGACUCCAUGGGAAUAGCGGGGACGAGAUAGAUGAACUAGAUGAACAACUAAUGGGGUUGGAUGUUGGGGAUGUAUAA